CUCUCCUCACUCCCUCGCCAGCACCUUCCUUGGUCCCUCCCUUCACUUGUCACAUGAUCUGGUCUCUCCUCCCUCCCACCUACCUGCGAUACCGGAAAAGAGAAACUUAGGUUCACCCACCUCACGCCAUCAUGUCCAGCAAAAAGACCAAGGCCAAGACCACUAAGAAGCGCCCCCAGAGAGCGACUUCCAAUGUGUUUGCCAUGUUUGAUCAGUCCCAGAUCCAGGAGUUUAAGGAGGCCUUCAACAUGAUUGACCAGAAUCGGGACGGCUUCAUUGACAAGGAGGAUCUACACGACAUGUUGGCCUCUAUGGGUAAGAACCCAUCUGAUGAAUACUUGGAAGCCAUGAUGAGUGAGGCUCCUGGCCCCAUUAAUUUUACAAUGUUCCUAACAAUGUUUGGAGAGAAACUGAACGGCACAGACCCCGAGGAUGUCAUCCGGAAUGCAUUUGCCUGCUUUGAUGAGGAGGGGACAGGAUCCAUCAAUGAAGAUCACUUACGAGAACUUCUGACCACGAUGGGAGACAGAUUCACAGAUGAAGAAGUGGAUGAGAUGUAUAGAGAGGCACCAAUUGACAAGAAAGGCAAUUUCAACUAUGUAGAAUUCACGCGUAUCCUGAAACACGGGGCAAAGGACAAGGAUGACUAAAGUUCAUAGGAGAUUUUUAAAGAUGGCGGUAACUCAAAAUUGAAAAUCACAGAGGAGAUUGUGACAAUUUCAUUCAAGCAGGCUGUGGCCUUUACUGCAACACACCCCACAAUUGGUUUCAGGAAACCCCAAGGGAGGCAGUCCUGUCUUAUACCCAAAUAGAAUUAAGUUUUACUUCAGAUCUGAAACACAACAGUUUGGAUUGUGGGUGUAGAAGGCAAAGUCAUUUUUAAUCUGUGCUGCCAUCUUUAAAGAGCUCAAAAGGAAAACCGCACUUAGGCAUUUUUACACCCGUGCCUUUCACAUAGAUCUGCUGCCAGCUAGGUACAAGUCCUUUAUAUGAAGUAGUAAGUGCAUCUUAAGAAGAAGGUUAUUGGAAUAAGCCGCCUCCUCCUUAUCAAUUCAUCCUCUCAGAUGUGAAGACAUCAUAUUAAUAUAUAAACGUGAAUAAAGAAAUUGAUUUAUUAAGAAA